AUGUCUCUGCAUGAAGGUCUAGUUCAUCUCAAAGAAUACGAUAUCAAAGACAGCAAUGUGGAAUUGAUCGGUUCGGAGAUUGACCAUCGCGUCAAAUACAACUCGGCCGCGUCCGAGCCAGCCUGGAACAACGGCCUGGUGGGACAACAACGCGGCCUUUUUAUCUGGCGCAUUGAGAACUUCGAGGUUGUCCCCUGGCGCAAAGAACGAGCGGGCGAGUUCUACGAUGGCGAUAGCUAUAUCGUCCUGCACUCUGACACAGUAGAGGACAAGCUGUGCCACGAUAUCUUCUUCUGGCUGGGAAGCAAGACCACCCAGGACGAGGCGGGCACGGCCGCAUACAAGACCGUCGAGCUUGAUGAGUUCCUGCAUGGUACUGCCACGCAGCAUCGCGAGGUCCAGCAGCACCCCUCGGCGGAGUUCAUGGCAUUGUUCCCUCGCCUCUCCAUUCGAUCUGGAGGCGUCCGGUCAGGCUUCGCCCACGUCGAGACAGAGCAACAGGCGCCGAAGAAGGCCACGCUCCUUCGGAUCUUCAAGCACCCCGGUGCUGUCCGAGCUGAUUCAAUCAUCGUGUACGAGGUCGCGCCGACCUGGCAGAGUCUCGACGAGCAUGACGUCUUUGUCUUGGAUGAGGGCGAGAAAAUCUGGGUCUGGCAGGGCAAGAACUGUAGCCCGAUGGAAAAGGCAAAAGGCGCGCAGGUGGUCAACGACAUGACCCUUGCUAAGCAUGUCGACGUCGAGGUUCUUUCCCAGCUGGAAUCACGAUCCAAACUCAUCGUGGACCUGCUCGGCGGCAAGGAUAUCAAGCAGUCGUCCUUCCAGGCACCGCGUCCCGUCUCUUUCCCUGCAAGAGGUGAUCGGGAUAGCAACGAGUCUCGGUCGCACAAAUUAUUCCGACUCAGUGAUGCCGUGGGGGACAUUUCAUUUGACCUCGUCAAGGAUGGUCAGCGGAUCUCCCCAUCAGACUUGGAUGGGAAGGACGUGUUUCUCUGCGACACCGGUAGCAGACUGUGGGUCUGGCAAGGCUCGGAGGCGAGUAAGCGGGAGAAGGCGCUGUGGCUCAAGGUCGCCCAAUCCUAUGUCAGGCAGAUUCAGGAAGAUCCGACCAGCUCAGCUGCCCAUCUGAUUCCGAUCUCAAAUGUGGUGCAAGGUUAUGAGUGUCCAGCAUUUUGGAAGGCUAUCAGUGUAUGA